CGUCAGGGGGAGCGAGUCUCCGUCUGGAUGGGGACCGACUGAGGCGCAACCUGGGCUAAAGAGAAGGGACGUUCUGAGCGGGGGCUGCCAGGGAGCUCUUCCAUCAUCUUAAGGUUUCCUGCCUCUCUGCUUCACUCUCUGCUGGAACAGGGCCUCUCUUGGGAAUUGUGUGCAACAUGCACUUCCCCAGAAGUGUCUAGCGUGUGUCCGACUUGGCUGCAGAAGAUGGACGUAGUGGGAGCGGAGCGACGCAGGCCCACCCCGGCACAGACUCCCGAGGAGAGGGACGUGUGGAGGGAUGGGGGUAGAGCUGGAUGGAGGGAUGCAGGCAGAGAGGGUUGGAGGGAUGGACGAGAGAGCGGAGUAGUGCAGAGCUACAGUUUUGACUCCUACCAGUUGGAGGAGGAGGAGAUCAGCAAAGAUGCCCCGGAGAGGGGGGUUCUGGCACUGUCUGAGCCUGACUUUGAGGAGCCGAUCCCUGACGACCGUUACCAUGGCAUCUACUUUGCAAUGCUAUUGGCGGGAGUCGGCUUCCUGCUGCCCUACAACAGCUUCAUCACAGACGUAGACUACCUCCACCACAAGUUCAGAGGGACGUCCAUCGUGUUUGACAUGAGUCUGACGUAUAUCCUCGUGGCGCUUAUGGCUGUCCUCCUCAAUAACGUGCUGGUGGAGAGGCUCAGCAUGCACACCAGGAUCACAGUGGGCUACAUUUUAGCUUUGGGACCUCUGGUAUUUGUCAGUGUGUUUGAUGUCUGGUUAGCUAAAUUCACUACCAAUCAAGCUUAUGUCAUCAACCUGGUCUCAGUAGGAGUAGUUGCCUUUGGAUGUACAGUGCAGCAGUCCAGUUUCUAUGGUUACAUGGGGAUGCUACCUAAGAGGUACACACAAGGGGUGAUGACUGGAGAGAGCACUGCUGGAGUCAUCAUCUCUUUGUCUCGCAUCUUCACUAAGCUGCUGAUCCCAGACGAGAGGAGGAACACACUCAUCUUCUUCCUCAUCUCCAUCGGCAUGGAAAUGCUGUGCUUUCUUCUUCACCUGCUGGUGCGUCGCUCACGGUUCAUCCGCUAUUACACCAGCCGCACCCAAGGCAAAGUUCUGGACAAAGGCCACGACCCCCGUGGCAACUCUACUGGCUACAGGGUCCAUCAUGAUGUCACUGCAGAGGAGGUUAAAUUUGGGAAUGGUGCAAUGGGGCAGCCCACAACAGAAGAUGCCCUUGAGGACUUUGUUGGUGGGACAUAUGUUCGAUUUGAUGCCCCCAAAAUAAAAAUCAGAAGGACCUGGCCCGGUGUCCGAGACAUGAUUUUGCACCGUUACGUGGUGUCCCGUGUGAUCUGGGCCUACAUGCUGUCCAUAGCGGUGACCUACAGCAUCACCCUGUGCCUGUUCCCCGGCCUCGAGUCAGAAAUGAGGAAUGACACAUUAGGAGAGUGGCUGCCCAUCCUCAUCAUGGCCACAUUCAAUAUGUCUGACUUUGUUGGCAAGAUCCUGGCAGCCCUCCCCUACGACUGGUCUGGAGGCCGCCUGCUCUUUUUUUCAUGCCUGAGAGUGGUCUUCAUCCCUCUCUUCAUCAUGUGCGUGUACCCAGCACACGCGCCUACGUUGGCCCACCCUGCCUGGCCUUGUCUCUUCUCCCUGCUCAUGGGUGUCACCAACGGCUACUUUGGGUCUGUGCCUAUGAUUCAGGCUGCUGGCAAAGUGGCACCGGAACAGAGGGAACUCGCUGGGAACGUUAUGACGGUCUCUUACAUGACAGGCUUGAUGGUGGGCUCCGUUGUGGCGUACGCAGCUUACAGCUUCACCGCUCCACCAGAAACAGGCUUCUCCAGGGUCAACUUAGAUGUUAACAUUACCAGCAUUUGAAUGUCUUCACAUGGUAAAAUCCAUAUAUGUAUGUAAAAAGGCUAGCAGCAGAAGAGGGUGGCGUCCUCCCAUUUUAAGGAAAUGAUGUAGCGUGACAUAUCUUUCCAUUCUCCAAUCAGGAUGAGUGAAGAAUUCGGAGAUGUUGAUGAACUUUUUCCCGAACUCUUCAGUGGUCAAUCUUUGGAGUUUCACUGUGAAAUGAGUUUCAGCAUACUGGUGUGGUGUGCAACUGGCAUUCAUUCUCUGUCACUUUUUGUGUCAGUGCAGAAAGUGAAAUACAAACAGUCCGUGAAUGCCUCAUUUAUAAAAACAGGUUUGGGACAGUUAUCAUUAAGGUGAAUCUGCAAUACAGUGGUACCUCUACUUACGAAAUUAAUUGGUUCUGGAAGUAGUUACGUAACCUGAAAAUUCUGUAAGUAAAAACACUUUCUCCAUGUAAAUGCUCUCAUCCAUACCAAGCCCCCCAAAUUCAGACAUAAAUCUUUUGCAAUGCCUAAAAAUGCAUCAAAACAUGUAACAAAUACAUGUUACAAUUAGAUGAUUGCACAAUAAACAUAAAAUCAGAGUUGUGCAUAAUGUAAAACACCAAGAAUAGAGUGAAGAAUAAAAGUAAAUACACUCAUAUAAAUGUGUCGGAAAAUGAGGGAUGAAUGAAUGAAAAGGACGCUGGGAUACAUACCGUAGAGGUCCCUCUUAGCCAAUUGGAUGCCAGGAAUGCUAGGCAAUAGCCAAUAGCAGAGCAGCUAUAAGUACGUUACUGUCAGUAAACCCCUGGAGCUGCAAAUACCACCCAUACUGUAUUUUUGCCUUUCUUAUCCUGAAACGUCUUUUAUAAGAACAGGCAAUAUUUUCCCGUUGAGGCGUGUCAGAAAUUUCUGUAUGUAGAGACGUCCGUAAGUAGAGGUACCACUAUACAUUGGUCAAAGGGUGCAACGAUUAAAUGUAUAAGAGAUGGAGAUGACUUUAAAAAGGUUGUUGAAAUAUCUGGACCUUACUAACUAGUGACUGACAUUUUCUCACCCCAAAAAACAAAUGGAAAUUCUAACAUCUAACCAUGUGACGUCCAAUCAUCUUUAAAUGAGUUUAUUACAAGUAGACGUCCAAUCCAUUCAAAUGAAAUGGACGUCUAUUGCCAUCAAUGGCAGACGAUACAGUUGUGUUAAAAAUUAUUCAACCCCCACAGUGGAUAAGUGUUUUUGCAAGUUUGACAUUCAUUUUUCAUCUUGUUUAUAAAAACAUCACAUAAUGACAUGUCAAAUAGACAAAUACAACUGAAAUAACAAAAAAAAAAUGGGAAUAUUCCAAUUACUGGCCUUUCUGUGUUUACCUCGUUGACAAAAUUAUUCAACCCGCUACGUCCACCACUCUUAAGAACAAAACUUUUCAUCAGGUGUUGUCAAACAGCUGAUGAAAACAUCUGUAGAUGUGAAGGACUGUGACACAUGGCUCUUCUUGGCAGUUAAUGACAUCUUUACAACACGGUGAAGUCCAGUUCAGAGAGGAGGUCAUUUGAUUCCAUAAGCAAGGAUAUGGAUAUAAAGAGAUAGCAAAAGGACUAAAAAUUUCAAAAGACACAAUUGGGAGCAUAUGAUCCGUUUUAACACAAACAAAGGGGCACUUAUCUUGGGAGAAGUAACUAACGUCACAACAGCUCUCGUCACUAAGUGAAGAGUUGUAAAGUCCACAAGUUUAAAGCAAAGGCACAGUGGAAACACUACCUGGGCGUGGUAGAAAGCGGUUACUGCCUGCAAAUGCUGUGCGAUACCUUAAGAGAAAGGUGGAGAAAAUCCCUGUGUGACAGUUGAGGAAGUACGACACGACAUGUUAUAGGAAGGUAUUUAGGUUGCAUCCCAGACAAUAAGACGCACACUGCGAAAUGAUGGCUGCAAUGCACGAACUUCCAGGCAAACCCCCCCUGCUGACUCCAAAGCACAAGAAGUAUGCCAAAAACCAUGUGGACAAACCACAAAGGUUUUGGGAUACUGUUCUCUGGAGCAAUAAGACCAACUGGAACUUUUGGGGCCAAUGGAUCAACGGUACGUGUGGAGGACAAAAAAUGAUGCCUAUAAAGAAAAGAACACCCUAUCUACUGUGAAGCACGGUGGGGGGUCAGUCAUGCUCUGGGGUUGUUUUGCUUCUUCAAGUACAGGGAAUCUAUGAAUUCAGUUCAAUACAUGAGAUCUUGGAUGCAAAUGCCAUGCAGUUUUUGACAAAGCUGAGGCUUGGGUGAGGUUGGACCUUCCAACAGGACAAUGAUCCUAAGCAUACCUCAACAUCUACCACAUCUUGGUUGCAAAAUAAGUGCUAGAAGAUUCUGGAGAGGCCAUUGCAAUCACCAGACUUAAAUCCCAUUGAAAAUCUCUGGUGGUACUCGAAGAAGUCAGUUGCAGAACGCAAGCCCAAAAAUGUUAGCCUUUGCCCAUAAGGAAUGGGCAAAGACACCUGUGGACCACUGCAAGAAACUUGUGUCAAGGAAUGCUUCAGGUCUAAAGGAUGUUAAUGUCUCAAAGGAUGUUGUACUAAGUACUAAAGUUAUACAAACCUAAGGGGUUGAAUAAUUUUGUCAAAGAAGUAAUCACAGAAAAUCGGAAUAUUCCCCAAAAAUAUUUUUGUUAUUUCAGUUGUAUUUGUCUACUUGACAUGACACACUUUUUUUCUAUGGCAUGGCUCCCGAGGCGUGACCUCCUCUCUGCCUGGGCGGCCGGCCGCGGGAAUGGGGGAAGGUCGGGGCUCCGGUCUCGCGUCGCCCCGCGGCGGUUCCUCGGUGUUCUCCUGCUUCCGCCUUCCCCUCUCUUCUCUAACUGGGUAUCCGCCCUGUGCUCCACCGCGGAUCGCUGGCUGGGCGCCGUAUCAGCUGGAUGUUGCCUGCUACGGCGGGGGACCCUGCCCUGGGCUUAGUGGGCCGCUGGGGGCCCCCUGGCGUGUCGCGUCGGCUGAGGGGCUGCGGCGGCGGUUCGUGGCCCGGGUGGGCAGACGGGGUUGGGGACGGGCGUAGUGGUUGGUGGUGCGUCCCCUAUUGCCAUCCCCGAGGGCCGGUAGAUGGGCGCGCGGGUGGCCCGGGGGACCACCCUGGAUUCCCGGGGGGGCCCGCAUGCAGCUGAACGUUAUUUGGCGCGCUCGGGCGGGGGGUCCCGGUGCCGGGAUUGGUGGCGGGGCGGCGCAGGGUCGGUAGCCAACGGGCUUACACUCACCAGGGAUUCACACGAUUACUGGGUUCUAAAUCACAGAGAUGAUUUGUGUACACUCUACCCCUUUCUAUCACAUAGCUUAUAGACUCCCCCACCUUCUUCCCCCUCUUUCCCUGGUCAACAGGCCCCCCACAUGGUGUCAACCAGAAAUACAUUUAG